AUGGAAGCAACCAAAAGGAAAUUUAGCAAACCAGAGAGAGUGACUACUCCUAAUAAUGGUGAUUUCUACCACAGAGAGGACAUUUUCAACGUCAUAAACCAGAAUGGCGGCAAUAUGUACAAAGCUCACCAUGAACUUAAUCAAAUGUUCUAUGAAGAUUAUUACAAAGAAAACAGACAUUUUCUGAUUCUCCCAUCAUUAGGGCUGACUAUUUUCUCUGGGUUCAAUGUCUUCAGACUCAGCCAGCUCACUAUACCUGGGAAGGUACUUUCAGUCGCUGGAUUAAGUUUCUUUGGUCUCUACACAGCAAAAUCCUUGAAGCAUUUCCUUACAUUUGGAUCUGCCAAGCCAGCACAGGUCGUUGAAGACAAGUCUGAAGCCGAGUAAAAAUACUAAAUUUAACAAAGUUUGGGUCUUUUUCAA